ACUCUUUAAUCGAUAUGGGGCAGAGGGAGGGGGGGUCGGCAGGUGGUGGCAGCAGCAGGAGACGCUCUCUGCUAUCAAUAGGCUCCUUUGACACAGAUGGACUCUUCUGAAUCCGCAAUGAAAUGAAUCAGUUGAAAUGGUUUCCGUUUUAAGGCGAUCGCGGUUCGACUGGUUCUGAGUGACUUCAUCCAACUUUCCUCCUCUGAGGUUCUGAUGUCAUCAGAGGGAAUCAUCCGUCAUUCCAGCUCCAGCUCCAGGAUCCAAGCAGCUUCCAUUGGAAACUAUGUCAUCAGGCUUAAUCCAACUUCACCCACACACACACAGCUGUGUCAGUGUGUGAGCGCGGCUGAGACGUUAAUCAUCAAACAGCAGCAGAAUGAGAGGAGCAGGUCUGACUGGAUCCAAUCCGUUGUUGUUUCUUCUCUCUCUUUCUGUGGCUCUGAGGCAACCAGACCAACAUUUUGCUGGAAAGACAUUUAACUGGCUCUAAUCAGGCAAGCAGCGCAAUAAAGAAGCAGAAUAAAUACAAAUUCUGUCACAAUGUGAGAAAGUGGAAGAGAAGAUGAGCUUUCCAGCGGAAAUAAAAAACWGUUUUCAACCUUUUGGAAUCUGAUUGGAAUAUUUCUCAAUGUGGAAUUCUGUUUGGACUUCAGGGUGUUUGUAGUGUCCCCAUGUCCUUUGACAGAAGGAUGUUUCCAAACUUAAGAGUUUUUUGACUUCUCAUGAAAACAACAGGAAUAUUUUUUUGUUCUUCCCUGGAGAACAAGAAGGAUUUUGUAAAAGGGGCUUUAAUUCCUGCUUUUAUGGUCUUUCUGGAGACUGAAGCUGCAUAUCCUGGACAGUCAGUAGUGGUUUGAAAAGCAGUUCUCCUCUUAUUUUGUUAAUUAAAGACUUCACAAUUCAUUCUUCAAGCUUUAGACGUGCCUCCCACCAACCCCCUGCACCAAUCAUGGGCAAGCCUCUCAGCCGCCCUGGGUGUUUCAGGAAGAGCUCCUGCUGCCUGGAGAAACAUGGACUUGGGGAUGGGGGAGUGGGAGGGCGGGACGUUGGGAUGGAAGGGGGUUACGGCGACGGCUACAUCCCUCAGCGAUCCAUUUAUGACACCAUGUGCAUCAAUCAGCAGAUUGACAGCCAUCACCACCACUGCGGGGGGUCGGUGAGGCGGGAUGGAGGGGGAGACGGGAGCUUCAGCUACUCCACCAGCGGCUCCCUGAGAGUCAGCAGGUCAGACAUGUUUGAUCCACAGCCACGCUCCUUAACUCCAAACCCUUCCUUCGUUCGGCGCCUGGAUGAGAGAGCCAUCUACGAUUCACUCAAGCUGGGAGUGGAGGACAUAGACGGAUGCCACUCUCMAGGACAUUUCAAUCGAUCCGUCUCUCCCUCUGUGUCCUCCUUUUCUGCUCCAGGAGUGUCCUCCUCAUCAAAGAAGCACCACCAUCACCACCACCCUCACCAUGGAGACAGCACAAAGAGCAGAGAGAGUCGGCAUUCCUGGAAAGCAAUGUCAUCUCCUAAACCCUUGGAGUGUGUGGAGAUUCCUCCAGUGGAGCUGAUGGAGCGUGGGGGAGGCAGCUACCUGAAUCCAGGCCACUACCCAGGACCGGGUCAGUCCUCCUCUCUAACCUCCCCUCUCAUCUCACCCUUCUCCGGCUCACCUCUCUCCUCAGGAUACCACACUCCGGUGUUCUUCUCCCCAGCCAAACCUCGUCCCAGUCAGAGCCAGAGCCUGCGCUGUUCUCCUCCCCGUGUGAUGCAGCCUAGGCAUUACUCCCAAACCCAAAGCCUGAGGCUGUCCCCCCCCCAGGAGCUCAGAAGAUCCCCCUACAGGACUGCGCUGGUCCAACUGUCUGCCCAUGACCUGGAGCAAGACCUGAGUGAGCGAGGUGGUGGAUGGGGCCGCAGCGAGCGCGACAGGGACUGGGAGAGGGAGCGGGAGCGAGAGAUGGAGCGAGGUUGGGCCCAGCGCGAGUGGGAGAGAGAGAGGGAGAGGGGCAGGCUGGAAAGGGAGAGAGCCCGAGAGAGGGAGAGAAGGGAGACAUCCACUUUCGGGACGUUUGGUUAUGGCCGACCAGUUCCUCUGCGCUCCGACAGAGACUCUGUGUUUAUAGAGUCUGAACACGGCUUGGACACAACUCCUCUGCUGCUCCCCCAGCCUUCCCCCUCCCCAUCCCCUAGUGGUGCUCCCAGGAUGGGUACUGGAGCAGUGGGCAGGAGCCGAGCCGGGUCAAAGGUAGGACCAGAAGGGGUUGGUGGAGGGAUGCCACCUAGGUGCGACAGUGGGAGUGUUAGUUUAGUGUUGGUGGAUGGUAAAUCUGGUUGUGGGCCCAGGUUAGUCAGCGAAGUCUUAAUGGGAAACAUGUCUGAGGUGGAAAUGAGAGCGUUAAACCAGGAGCACCAUCGAGCCGAAAGCUGGAACAAAUAUGAUGACGGAUCCAGAUCCAGUGUGAAGAACCUACCUGAAAAGAGGAUGGGCUCUCAGGUGAAAACUCGGCCAGGAGGUCGGGAUUUGGAAGGAAAAGUGCAGUCAGGGACAGAGAAUAAGGAAGGACAUAGAGGGACGUCUACCAAAACUGGUGGAGCUACAAGUAGACAAGAGCGUUUACCUGAACACUCAGGCAUGAGUGUCGCUGAGAAAAUUGCUGGUUCUGCAGACAAAGUUCAGGUUGAAGCUUCUCCUGUUAAAGAAACCAAGUCGGAGCUUGAUUUUGGGGGUAUAGGUCACUUCCAACAGCCAGAGAACAAAGUUGGAACAGAGGUUGAACCUGAAUCACAGUCUAAUGUUGAUUUAACAUCUGGGUCCAGUGUAGAAGCUAAAGCUGAUGCUGAGAUUGCUCUUGUUUCUAAGCCAGAAGCAGAAACUAGGAUCAGUCAUGGAGAAGUARAAGAGAGUGAAACUGUCAAUCAAGCUGAAAGUACAGGUGAACUUCAGGUAAGCUCCGUGGCAGCAGAUAAACCUGAAGCUGCUCCUGCAGAUCAAGCAGAGAGAAAGCUUGAGGAUUCUGGUAAACCCAAGUCAGGUCAUGCUGGGAAAAGCUCAAGAUCCAAGUCCAAAUCAUCCAAGUCCUGCUCCAGGUCUCGACCAGGCACAGCCACUGGGCUGCGUCCGGGAGUACUGAGCCCCCGAGAAAGCAAACAGCUGGAAGACUUUGAAUCAGUUGGACCACCUGAGGACAUCGAGUCCACCUGGCCUCGCAGAAUCAUAGUCCGAAAGAGGACUGUCCGCCARGGAGGGGCGCUCCACAAUCUUCCUAUCCUCCCCCCACUCCCUUCUGUCUUGUCAGCCCUGGAGAAGAGGCAUCCACACCUACGGCAUGGUUCAGAGAACCCAUUAUCAAAUUUGAUGAACCCUAUUGUAGGGCGAUGCUCACUGAGGGAAGCUGCUCACCCAGAGCCUGGACAGGGGAGCGGUUUGGUAGGCCGGGCAUCCCUCAGGGAGCAGAACCUGGAGCACUGGAGAGUCUGCAGAGAGCAAGAGGAACCCAGGAGGUCCAGAAGUCGGGAGAAACGAGGGGGGGAGAGUAGGGACAGCGCAGAGAAAGAGGAAAACAAAGAAAAGGAGGAGAAGAGAGAAGAAACCCUGAAGAAUGAGAAGGUAGUUGUGGAGGAAACCAAACAAGAUAAGAUAAAGAUAAACGUGGAAGAAAAUCUCCAGACAGAUGUUGCUAAAAACAAGGAAGAGGAAAAAGAGAUGGAUGUUGAAGUAAAGCCUGAACAAGUGGAGGAUCGAGGGAUAAAGAUUAAAGUUGGUCCAAAAGAGGAGGUACAAGCAAAACUACACACAGAGACACUGGAGGUGGAUGGCCGACAAGGAAUUACUCUUGGAGAGGAAGGAGGGGAGGAAGGUUGGGAUGCGGUUCUUGACAUGGUCAACACUCUUUGGGAUAAUGACUGGGAAAAACGGGAAGCAGGUGGAGAAGAAGGAGGAGAUCCRGAGUCCCCUUCAGGCUCCCUGCAGCGAUGGCCUCUCCUCAGGCCACCCAUUGGCUUUGGGGGCUCUCAUCCUCCCUCGUCAGCAGCCUCAGAGCUCAGUCUGACGGAGUUGGAAAGGAGGGCCCGGGAGUUGGACUCUGACCUGGAACACCUGGAUCUGUCGCAGCCCCAACGGGAUGUGUACCAAUCGCUGCUGGAGCCAGGAAGGGAACGAGGCGACAUGUACCAAACACAUCCUGGGCCACAAAGAGACAAAGCUCCCCUUCACACAGGCGUUAGCAGCAGAUCCCAGGUCAGUCUGGAGCUGAAUGCGAUGACACCAACCGACACCGACAGGUCAACUAGUGACUGGUCAACCAAAUCUGCCAGCACCCCCACUGCUGGACCGAGGUAAUUCCUGAACAAAGAUMGUUUUUGUUAGUUACUCUGUCUGAUAUAUUUMUUCAUAAAYGUUUUCAUCUUGCAUUGUUUUGUAUCCGUUUUAAUUUAAAUUUUGGAAUAUUGAUUUCUCACACUGAAAAACUCUUWCCACUGCAUAUGUAAUUAAAUUCAGAAACAUAUGGAAGCUAAACAUGGAGCCUKGAGGCACACCACAAAUGUAGCUGAAAGGUUCUAACAUUGUUCUUCAAAAGGUAUUCAGACUGAUAUUGGACGUGCUUCAGUUAUGAAGACAUAACAGGUUUUCAGUGUUUUCCUGAUUGGACAGUAAACAACACCAUCCACCAGGCUGGCAGCUCCUGUCCCAGGAUGGACAUGAUCCAGGUUAUGCUGCACACUGUUAGGUGCUUGUCCAGACGUUUUGGGUCCAGUAAAGUUCUGGUUCCAGGAGACCUCACUCUUCUGAUUAAACACCUGACUGGAAGUUCCUGACUUGCUGUAUCUGCAGCAUUUCUGUUCAUUUAGCAAAAUGAGGAAAUGACACUGAAGUUAAUUUCAAUGCCACAAWAAGCUACUUUGAAAUGAUGGGAUGUCUGUAAAAAUCCCUUCAUAAGCCUUUGAUGAGUCAGCCUCGAAUGUGCAGUCAGAAUAUGGUUCAUAUUGUUCUGGGAACGUUUAUCCAGAACMAACAAUACGAACAAMAUGAACCAUGGCUCUGAGAACAGGUGUCAGGAGCAGACAGACUGAGAGACACAGAGGAAAGUCAGAGGAAAGUGAUUGAAUCUGCAGUGGUUGGGGAAGGACUGCCUGAAAAUGGGCUUGGUGGCAAUCAGCGUCCUGAUAAGCGCCCUGCCAGUGGCUAAUGAAGGCAGACACACGUCCCAGCCACGAGCUGCCGCUGAUCAGCUACCUGUCUACCUGAGCAUGACAUCAUCAAGGUGAAAGCAUGGCCUUGGCCUCACUAAGUAG